CUCUGUUAUGUAGUGAUGGGAUCUCGAGCGAGCGCUGAACGACACCAGCCUCAAACACACAGCCAGGAUCAUCAAGAACCGUCUUCAGUUAGGAGCCCCGCAACAGACGAGAAAAUGAACAACAUUCCACUCUCUCGUUCGGAGGUGUUUGGGGAGCUGAGGAAGGAGCUCUACGAAGAUAAAGAGUUCCAUCAGUCUGAUGUCCACAUGUUCAUCAUCAUGGGAGCAUCAGGAGAUCUGGCAAAGAAAAAGAUCUACCCAACUCUGUGGUGGUUGUUCAGAGACGGUCUCCUUCCUGAGCAGACGUAUUUCGUGGGCUUUGCCCGCUCUGACCUGACAGUAGAUGCCAUCCACAAUGCUUGCUUGCCAUACCUGAAGGUGGCAGAUACAGAGGCAGAACGUGUGUCGGCCUUCUUCAGCAGGAACACAUACAUCAGUGGGAAGUAUGCCGAUGACAGCUCCUUCACCAAACUCAACACACACAUCCUGUCGCUGCCUGGAGGAAGUGGGGCCAACCGCCUGUUUUACCUGGCGCUGCCACCGACGGUCUACCACGAUGUUACCAAGAACAUCAGUCAGCACUGCAUGAGCACAAAAGGCUGGAACAGGGUGAUUGUAGAGAAGCCGUUUGGACAUGAUCUCCAGAGCUCAGAGGAACUGUCCUCUCACCUCUCGUCUCUCUUCACUGAGGACCAGAUCUACCGUAUCGAUCACUACCUGGGCAAAGAGAUGGUGCAGAACCUCAUGGUGCUAAGGUUUGGAAACCGCAUCUUUGGGCCGAUCUGGAACAGAGACAGCGUGGCCUGUGUUGUUCUUACCUUUAAGGAGCCUUUUGGCACUCAGGGACGAGGAGGCUACUUCGAUGAUUUCGGCAUCAUCCGGGAUGUCAUGCAGAACCACUUGCUCCAGAUGCUCUGUUUGGUUGCCAUGGAGAAACCAGCCUCCACCAGCUCUGACGACGUCAGAGAUGAAAAGGUGAAGGUGCUGAAGUGCAUCACUCCAGUGUCCAUGUCGGAUGUGGUCCUGGGUCAGUAUGUGGGGGAUCCAGAGGGUGAAGGAGAAGCCAAACUUGGUUACCUGGACGAUCCCACAGUACCAAAAGGAUCCAGUCAGGCCACCUUUGCUGCAGCCGUGCUCUAUGUUCACAACGAACGCUGGGACGGCGUUCCUUUUAUCCUGCGCUGUGGAAAAGCUCUGAAUGAGAGGAAAGCUGAGGUGCGACUGCAGUUCACAGACGUCCCUGGAGACAUUUUUGAAAACAAAUGUCAAAGGAAUGAGUUGGUGGUGCGUGUGCAGCCCAAUGAAGCCAUCUACGCCAAAAUGAUGAGCAAGAAACCGGGAGUGUACUUCAGCCCUGAAGAAACAGAGCUGGACCUCACCUACAAGAGCAGAUACAAGGAUGUGAAACUUCCAGAUGCUUACGAGCGCCUCAUCCUGGACGUCUUCUGUGGGAGUCAGAUGCAUUUCGUUCGCAGUGAUGAACUUAGAGAGGCAUGGAGGAUCUUCACCCCUCUUCUUCACCACAUAGAGGAGAAGAAGCCACAGCCUAUUCCUUACAAGUAUGGAAGCCGUGGUCCAGCAGAAGCAGAUGAACUGGUUCAGAAGGUUGGAUUUCGCUAUGAAGGCACUUACAAAUGGGUCAACCCUCACAAACUCUGAAUGGGCUGUAGGCAGGACUGGGGGUGGGGGGGCUACCGGUCCAGUUCUAGAGGAUAGAAGCAACGAAGAGAAGGAUAAAAAUAUAUUCUCAGGUUUUACAACGAUUCCUCUGAGCCUCUUCAACAAACAAGUUAAAUGACUUAUUUUUAAUAAAUUUCACAGAAACCUUUUAUAAAGUAAAAACAGGAGCUGUUCCCGUGGAAUCGGCUCCAGGAAUCGGGAUGUGAUGGCAGACAGAACAAGCUCACAACACGAGCCGAGUAACAAACACGUUAUAGGUCACACCAAUCAGCAGCACGUCUCCACUCGCCGAGACUUUAGGUGGGAUUUUAUUUUUAGCUUAGCUUUGCUGCGAGGGACCAAGAGUGUUUCUCACCAUCAGACUUUAAAACAUCCUGGAGCAGAAAAACAAACAAAAAACAUGCGUCCUAUUAACCUCCCGCUCAGCUUCAUUCCAAGUGUUUACACUCUUUUACUUCCAGCAUUUAAUUUUGUAUUCAUAUUUCCAAACAUGCAGGCAGGUGAGCCAUAUUGUGCUGCUGUCCACUCAUGUAAAGGUAGCCAAGCUCCCAGUACUUGUAAUAAACUAGUUUUGCUUC